AUGUCUAUGACAAACAAUAUGUUAGGUAUUGUUGAAAAAGACGUUGAUAAAGCUGUUGAAUCAGUUCAAGAAUAUUACAAUAAUAUUGACAGUAAUAUUGAUAAUGUUAUUCAACAAAUUGAAAUGAUGAUUUCAAAUUCAACUGAUGAUCAAAUUAUGAAAGCGAAUAUUCGUGAUACAAUAAAGCCAUUUGCCAAACAAUAUAGUGAUAAACAUAAAGAUUUACAUGGUUCAAUAUCGAAGAUUGGUAAAACAAUUGAUAAAUGUUUUCAUGCAGAUUUUGGUAAUGUUCCAAUAUUCGAAUUAUUUGAUAAACCAGAAAAACUGAAGUUAAUUUAUAUGAUUAUAUGCGAAGAUUUAUAUCGACAAGGACGCAUGUCUAUAGCUCAACAAUUAAUUGAAGAAACAAAUUUAAGAGAUAAUGAAUUGUUUAAUGUAGAAAAAACUUUUCUAGAAGAAAUAAAUAUGAUUUUAGAAAAUUUACGAGAAAAAAAUCUCGUGCCAGCACUCGAAUGGUGUCAAAAGAAACGAAAUGAAUUAGAUAAAGCCGGAAGUUUAUUAGAAUUUCAUUUACAUAAAAUGCGUUUUGUACAAUUGUUACAAAUGGGAAAUUUUGAUGAAGCAAAAGUUUAUCUAUCGAAUUUAAGACAAUAUUCAAUUUUAAAUGGUCGAUGUGAACAAGCCGUUAAUGAAUUGAUGGGUGCUUUUAUAUUCGCUCAACGAGAUCUAUCAAAAUCACCCUAUAAAUAUUUACUGGAACCACAUCUUUGGUUACAAUUAUCAGAAUUAUUUAUGCAACAAGCAUUUCAACAAGUUGGACUCUCUCAAGAUAGUCCGCUUUAUGUUGUAAUGAAAAUUGGUUUUCAAGCAUUACCUGCUCUAAUGAGCAUUGUAAAUGCCAUGCAAAAUACUCAAGUGUGCCAUAUUUUAUCCAAAGAUGAAUUACCAAUAGAAGUCGACGUUGGUCAAGAACAUCGAUACCAUAGUGUAUUUGCUUGUCCAAUUCUGCGACAACAAACGACAGAUCAGAAUCCACCAAUGAAACUCGUUUGUGGUCAUGUUAUAUCUAAAGAUGCAUUGAAUAAAUUAUCUAUACAAAAUAAGCUCAAAUGUCCAUACUGUCCACUAGAACAAAGUCCUGCGGAUGCGCGGCAACUUUUCUUUUAG